AGAUGUGUAGUUUGGCGACGAAUCUCUUACUACCAUCGAAGAUGAAACCAGCUUUUUUAGAGAAACAGAGCAAUAGCUCACUCUUUGUUACUAAUAAAAGAUCAAAGAUGAAGAACAAGUCUAUUGUUCCUGUUGCAAGAUUAUUUGGACCGGCGAUUUUUGAAGCCUCCAAAUUGAAAGUAUUAUUCUUAGGAGUUGAUGAGAAGAAGCAUCCAGCAAAGCUCCCAAGAACUUACACUCUUACUCACAGUGACAUAACCGCAAAGUUAACUUUAGCUGUUUCUCAAUCCAUCAAUAACUCUCAGUUGCAAGGAUGGGCAAAUAAGUUGUUCCGAGACGAAGUAGUGGCCGAGUGGAAAAAAGUUAAAGGUAAAAUGUCACUUCACGUUCAUUGCCACAUUAGUGGAGGCCACUUCCUUUUGGAUCUCAUAGCCAAGCUUCGGUACUACAUUUUCUGCAAAGAAUUACCUGUGGUAUUGGAAGCUUUUGUGCAUGGAGAUGGGAACUUGUUGAAUAGCUACCCUGAGCUACAAGAAUCUCCGGUUUGGGUUUAUUUUCAUUCCAACGUACCGGAGUACAACAAGGUCGAAUAUUGGGGACCGCUUUGGGAAGCCACGCAGCACCAGCACGACGGGAAUAGGACACGUAAAAAAUGUGAAACCCUCCCGGAGCUACCAUGUCCCGAUGAGUGCAAGUGUUGCUUUCCUUCGAUUAGCUCCAUACCAUGGUCUCGUCGUCACUAUCAAGAUAGUACAGAUGAUGAGAGUGUUGUGGGUGGCGAGUUAGGGAUUUAUAUGCCUAACUCUGAGAGAUUGAAAGUUGAGAGAGAUAACGAGAGAUGUGUGCCAGGUUUUCCAGAUAAACAAAGAAGUAUCUUAGUCUUACCUGCUACUACAAGAUCCAAGAGAAAGAACCAAUCUAUUAUUCCUGUUGCAAGAUUGUUUGGACAAGCGAUUUUCGAAGCUUCUAAACUCAAAGUAUUGUUCUUAGGAGUUGAUGAGAAGAAGCAUCCAUCAAAGCUCCCAAGAACUUACACUCUCACCCACAGUGACACCACCGCUAAGUUAACUUUGGCUAUAUCUCACUCCAUCAAUAAUUCUCAGGGAUGGGCAAACCGAUUGUACCGGGACGAAGUAGUUGCUGAGUGGAAGAAGGUGAAAAGUAAAAUGUCGCUUCACGUUCAUUGCCAUAUUAGUGGUGGCCAUUUCCUUUUAGAUCUCAUUGCAGAGCUUCGAUACUUCAUUUUUUGCAAAGAAUUACCGGUGGUGUUGAAAGCAUUUGUCCAUGGAGAUGGGAACUUGCUAAACAAAUACCCUGAGCUACAAGAAGCUCCUGUUUGGGUAUAUUUCCAUUCGAACAUGCCCAAGUUCCACAAGGUCGAAUGUUGGGGACCACUGCACGAGGCGACUUCACAAGAUGGUAAUGGAACUCACACGUGCGAACCCCUACCGGAACGACCUUGCGUUGAUGAAUGCAUCUGUUGUUUUCCGACGGUCAGCACUAUUACGUGGUCUCACUCUCAUGCCAGCCACGGUGAAGAAGAUGAGGAUGAAGUUCUAGUGGGAAGGAAUGUUGUGAUUAAGUUGCAUAAUCGUAGAAAAAGAAAA